CAAGAAUGGUAGUUAUGUGGCUCCUUUUCUAUGUAUUUUCCAUCUUUCUGUCUUUCUGUUUCUAAUUCUUUCUUCUCAGAAUUUUUGUGUAACAACAUCAAACAGGCUUAGAGGUUAACGCUUUGAGAAGUGUUUUUAAUUGAUUGAAUGUUGCACUAAAUCAUUUGCCAAAGAUUUCUCUGUUUUUCUAAAGUUGCCAGUAAAGAUUUUUAGUUGUUUUGACCUCUUGGGAAUAUCUUCCCAUAUUUGUCUCGAGUGUCUAACUCAGAGCUUACAAGAACAACUGUAAGCACUUUUAAGAGCCAAGUUGAACAAGGUUUUUGGGGACCUUACAGGAGUAGUUUUUUCUCAGGUUCUGGUGGAACUUCCUGUGCAUCAGUUUCUGCCUGUUGGCUCUUGUCCUGUUGCUUGGUGUCAGUGAGAAGAGCCUGGCUUCAUCCUCUUGACACCUUCCCUUCAGAUACUUGUAUACAUUGAUGAAAUUCCCCUCUCAGUCAUCUCUUCUCAAGGCUGAACAGGCUCAGCUCCCUCGGCCUGUCCUCCCGAGAGAGAUGCUCCAGUUCCCUCAUCAUCUUCACAGUCCUUCACUGAGCCUGCUUCAGGAGCUCCACGUGUCUCCUGCACUGAGGAGCCCAGAACUGGACACAGAACUCCAGAUGUGCCUCACCAGGGGUGAGCAGAGGGGCAGUGCAGGGAUUGAGAGACACAGACCAUGCUAUGCAAGCAAAGAGUUUAUUAUACUAGCCUCCAGUAUUCAUAGUUCUCUAAUUUCCAAACAAAUUUUUCCGCUCCGACCCCUUUGCCUCUGUUCCCGUAGCAACACAAUCUUUCCAGUUAUCAAGUCCCUGUUACAUUCUUGCACCAGCAAUGUCCUUGUUACAUCUUCUCUUGUCAGAGCAGCCAGAGUGACCAGACAUGAUGUCUUCACUUUUGUUCUUUCCUUGAGUUUAUCUCUCCCACGGCUGCCACUGUACCAGGGCCAAGAGGUCGACAGUGCUACCCAGCUCAGCUUCUGUAGCUGUCUGACCUUCCACUGGGCAGGAUUAACCUCUACCUCCCUCAACCUGCUGUGAAUGUUCUUCUUAAUGCACCCCAGGAUACAUGUGGCCUUCUUGGCCAUGAGGCACACUGCUGGCUCACGGACAGCUUGUUGUAUAUGGACCAAUUUGUAGGUGUGCUAUCCCAGGAGAGGCCAAAGGAGGAAUGGUGCCUCUGAGGCACACUUUCUUUGAUCUGUACUAACCUACCUCCACCUGAAGAAGCUGUGCUUCAUUCCCAUGGGGAAUAGCUAGUGAGAAAUCAAAUUGUGCAAAACAUAAAAGGACAAAAUAUAGGAAUCCUUUUAGAGUAAUCUCUUCAAUAUUUAUAUCUGUGACACUGGGGACAAAAAUUUUGGUCUCAUAUGUGGUGGUUCAGCCCCAUGUGAGUCAGACCUGCAUAUUUUGCAGUGUGAAGAAGUAUCAGACAGCCAGUUUAAAGCACAUCAUUCUCAGUAGUGUGACCCUGUAAAUAACACUGUUUUUCUUUAUCUUUCCUUUUAGUUUGAGCCAUUGCAGUGUCAGCAACAAUCAGAAGAAAAUGCAAAAAUUUAUCUCAAUAGCUUGGAACGCAUGGGAAAUUUUUAUAUCUGAAAGGAGGCCUGGCUGGAAGUAUCAGAUGCAGCUUUUUGCAGUUUGCUCUGCAGUUGGCUUUCUCUCCAGCUUUCUAUUUUUCCUUAGCAUGCGCUUCUCCUUGGCACACCACUCUUUGGGGCCCUUGCUGAUUUCUGGAUUAAUCUGGAUUUUGCUUUCUAUCAUGCUCUUCUGUUUCAAGCACCUGCGCUGUUUUAUUGUUCUGUUCCUCCUUUCUUGUGGACUGAAAAAUGGCAGGGAUGCUCUUAUUACUGCUGGCACAGGUGUUGUGGUGGCCAACAACAUUCAAAAUAUUUUUCAUAAUCUAAAGGUUCUGGCAGACAGUAUAACCUGUCAUUUAAAGCAAGAACAAUUUGCUUUGAUAAAAUAUUAUGUUGAGGCAAUAAAAUGGAUUUAUGAGGUGGCUAAGCUUCCUGCUGAGCUACCUAAAGAUCUAGCAGUCCUAAAGCACAAAUUCACACCAUCUUAUUCAAUUUCAGAUGAUGCACUGAAACAAGAGCUAAAUGACACUGAGCAAGAAAUCCAGAGAAUUGCUAACCAGAUAUCUUUUAUGUUGACUAUACUGCCCUAUAUAGGUCAGAAAGUAUUGCCUAUAUUUGGUGUUUUUCUAGUUUCUUUUGGUACUGGCCUCUUUAUCAAAAAAUUUGUGGGCUCUCAUAGUACCAAAUUUAAGAAUACUUACAUCACAAAACGUUUCAUUGCAUUUGAUGAGCUCCAAAAGCAACAGCAAAGACCUUGUGUUCUGCCACUUAACAGAAAAGAGAGAAAAGAUUACGUGACAAUUCCAUCCUUCUUCUUCACAAGGAAGGAUAGGAAAAAAAUGCUGUGUUCCUUUCUCCCUGUAAUUAUUCAUCUUUGCAUCUGGCUUCUGUUUGCUGCAGUAGACUCUUUGUUUUAUUUGUUAAUUAUUUCUGUGAACAAAUAUCUCCAAGAAGUACCGGAUCUAGACAUUCGACUCAGUCUCCUUCAGAAUAAGAAUGAGAAAAGCUAUAUCAUUUCUAUGAAAGAGCAUAUUGAAAAGACUGAUUCUUUCAAGAUCCCUUUGUUUAAGCGUAACUGCAUCCCUCAUCCAGAGCUCGCUCUCUCCACGACAUGGAUUCAGCUUGGAGUCAUCAUCUUCUUCUUAAUAAUUUUUGGGUUAUUCUCUGGCCUUCUGACCCAGCUUAAAAUACUCGUGUCAACUUCCUUUUAUCCUGAUACAGAGAUGAAACGGAUACAUUAUUUACAUGCAAAAUUACUCAAAAAAAGAGCAAAGCUACAAGAGAAAACAGGGAAGAAUAUGUUUGCAAGAACGGUCAACUUUUGGUUUCCAAUACUUAAGGCAAGAGAGGCAGUGAGGAAGAAAGAAAGGAGUGUAGCAGAAUGACAGGAUGAGGUGAAAAAGACCAAGUAAAUCUUUGGAUAUGGCUGAGAUGCUUUUGCUCCACCUGUGUUUUGCACCAUCUUUCCUAUGGAAUGUCAAUUCUAAAAUAUAAAAAUCUCACACUCAAAGGCUGAGCAGCAGUAUUUUGGAAAAUAUGCCAUUGCGGAUAGUGUGCAAUUCACCACAGAUUGCUCUGGAUUGCAUUAACAGUUGUUUUUCAACUUGGGAUUUGCAUUAUCUGGUACUUGAGAAAAUCAUGGAUGAUCUGCUCAUCUGUCUGAAAGCCAUAAAACAGUUUGGAGAUUUUAGGACUACAGCAGAAAGCUCUUUGGACUGAACUAACAGAGGAUGUAAUGGCAGCAGCAGGUUUGUCUUCUUCAUGUUUGCCAGACACUGAAGAUAGAAGACCCAGCAGAGGCUGUUCUUUGCUUUCUGGAAUGGCCAAGAGCUGGGACUUAUAUGUUUCUAGACGUUUUUAUCUAUUUCUCAAGCCCUUCAGCCUGGAUCUUUGUCAUCCCUGGCUGCUAGUCUCCUACCUAGUCUCCCACCCAGAACUCCUUACUUGGUCUUAGUCUCCCACUUCCACAUAUCCACAGACUGUAUCACUAGUACAGAUUGUAUGAUACCUUUGAUAAUCACAAGAGAGGUCAUAUAACAGGUAGAAGUGGGAAUGGUCAUAAGAGCUAGAAUAGAGAGGAAUCAGGUGCUGUGGGUACAAACAAGGUGUCUUUAAAGGAUGGGGCAUGUAAGUAGAGGUGAACAAUGUUUCAAAUCUUGCAGGCUGCGGAAGCUUGAAGGGACAAAAAUGGGCUUAAUUAUGUUGCAUAAGCACCAUUGAUUUCAGUGAAAUAAAAUUAAGACGAUACUGAAGUGCUUCACCUAUUCAACCAACAUCGGUGAUGUGACCUCCAUAUGAUACAAGAACAAAUGCAAAAUGCCUAAAGAUGUAGGAAUGACUUAUGUAGCUUUAGAGAUUUAAUGCAGAGCUAAAAAAUGUACCCAACAGACAGUGUAUUUCUGAUUUUCAGCUACGGCCAACUUCCUUAUUUAGUCUAGAUAAUAGGAAAUUCUGCUCUCUUCCUCUAUAAUACAUGCACAGUUUCAGGACAACCAUUGAUCAAUGUCUCUGUUAUCUGAAUGAAUUAAGACUUAAAACUCUCUGGUAGCAAGUGUCAGAAGUUAUUUUUCACUUAAACCGCUGAAAACAACAAAUACUGUUUUUCUUUUGGCUUCCAAAGUCUCACUUUUCCAUGCAUGCAGGUGGUUCAGGUUGCUGUGUGACAACAAAUUUAUCUCUGGGAAAUGGUGUUGGAUUAAAGCCAUGCAUUAUUGAGGGUUGUGCUGAAUGUCUCUGAAAGGCCUGACUAUGUCCUUUUUGCUAAAGUGGGACAGCCCUGAAUAGUAGCAGGAUGUCAGCUUGUAUUUUACGUUCUACUGUCAAGCACCAGUAGCAAGAGGCAUUCUGGUGAGAGAGAAGCAUUUAGAAGAUUGCUCUAAAUUUGGACUCAGAACAGAAUAGCUAUCCAGGUACUAUUGAUAAGAAGAUUACACUCUUGUUAUCAUUGCAAAUGAAAGGGCAAGAGUUACAUGUCAAUAAGAGCUGAAUAUUUUUGGCAGAGUUCUGUCUAAACUACUGACAAGAGUUGGAUGUGCUCCUCUCAAUCCCAAAGGACAAGAUGGUGAGAAUCCCAAAUAUGGGGGCAACCACAAAACAGCAUGCAUUUACCAUCAGGAGGAAAACUUUGGUUUGGAGUUUCUUGCCUUUCCUGUUAAGUGGUGUUGCCACUCAGAAUAACUUUUCACUCUGUUGCUCUACAAGGAGCAAGCAAAAGCUUUGCAGGGAAUGGCUCAUCAAAAUGACUCAGGUGUUGGUCAAUCAUUGGGAGAGAUGCCUAAAUCUGUCAGGAUUUUGCAUUCUGCAGUACACUCUCAGGACAAUGCCAUGUCUACAUUUUUUAUUCCCUUAAGGAAAUUCAGCCAAUGUUGAAUGUGGACGCACCCCCCAUCCCACCUGUCAGGACAAAUAAAUAUUGCUUAGCUGGCCCUUCAAACUGGUAAAAACUGUCCUGCUUGGGUAACUAAUUGUAAUCUCGUACAACAUAUUCAGUUCUGAUAAAUAUUUUAC